AUGAUAGGAUUUGGAAAGGGAUCCAAUCUGAGUUAAUAUGAGAUUUUGAAAUAGGCAAUUUAUGGAUAUUUGAUUACUUCAGCUUUAGGAACAGUUCCUGGAUAUUGGUUGACAGUUCUUUUUGUUGAUAAAUGGGGAAGAAAGAAUAUUUAAAUAAUGGGAUUUGUAGCAUUAACAAUUUUAUUUUUAGUAAUGGGUUUAUGUAAAAAUAUUCUGGGUCAAUUUAUAUUUAUUGCUCCUUAUACAUUGGCAAAUCUUUUCAACAAUUUUGGUCCAAAUGCUACUACUUUCAAUAUACCAGGAGAGGUUUUUCCAACUAGAUAUUGAUCUACUUGACAUGGAAUUUCAGCUGCUGCUGAUUGGGUGCAAUCGUAUCUUAAGUUUGAUUUUUGGGAUUAGGAGCAGACAAUUUCAAAGCAAUUAUGUUGAUAUUUGCAUCAUUCAUGCUUAUUGGUUUUGGAUUUACAUUUCUAAUUCCAGAAACUAAAGGAAAGAGUUUGG